AAUUAUAUGGUGUAAAUAAAGUAACAACAUUUUGCUAUAUACCGACAACCGACACAGUUUACGCGUUGCAUUUCCGCGAUCAUCAUCGCCGUCACUCGAGUGUUGGUCACAUAAGUCGUAGUCUUUCAACACUGACGUGUUCAUCAAUAAUAAAAAUAUUGUUACUGUUCGAUGUCGACGGUAGACCGAUCAAUUCACACAUAAUUUUGCAAUAGUUACAAUUAGWCAAGUGAAGGGUUACAUGCGUGAUCUGUAAACAUAACCUUAAUAGCACUGUGCGCCUGUGCGGCUGGUGGACGAGGACAACAUCCGAUACAUUAACAAUUCCGUCUGCUASCUGUGAAGUUGGAUUUAUCAUGUCGAGUGUGUGGUCGAUUCCGUUUGUCCAACUCAGCGCCGCCGCCGUUCUACUCGUCACGUUCUUGGUUUACAUGUACUUGACGUACCACUACAGAAAGUGGACCGGGCUCGGCGUACCACACGCCGCGCCGUCGCCGCCGUUUGGAAGCCUACGCGACGUGGUCAUGGGCCACGUACCGCUCGUCGACGUCAUCCAUUCGCUGUACCAUCGAUUCGACGGGCAACGGUAUUUCGGCAUCUACGAGGGACGUCAACCGUUGCUAGUGAUCCGUGACCCCCAGCUAGUACACACUAUCAUGGUGAAGGACUUCCGAUCGUUCGUCGAUCGGAACGCGGACAAGGUGUCGUUCGUACACGAUAAACUGUUCGAUCACUUGGUGAACCUGAGGGGUGAACAGUGGAAAGCAAUCAGGGCCAAGUUGAGUCCGACUUUCUCGGCCGCCAAGCUCAAGUCCAUGUUAGGUGACAUAAACGUGUGCACGACGCGUUUGAUCGACAACUUGAAUGGGCAGAUAAUGAAGAACAGUGGAAUUGUUGAUGUAAGUGAAGCGUCGGCUCAGUUUACAACUGAUACUAUUGGUCGUUGUGCUUUUGGACUGGACUGUAAUACAUUAUCAGAUCCAGAUUCAGAAUUUCGCCGUACAGGACGAGCUAUAUUUAUGCCAACUCUUCGAUCAACUUUACUAAAUAUCACCAGACUACUUGGUUUUGGUCGGCUCUUAGAUGUAUUUAGAAUACGUGGCAUGUCAAAAGACAUAUAUGACUUUUUUGAUAAUCUACUUGAGACUACGAUGGAACAACACAAAUAUGGAGAAAAUACACGUAAUGACUUUAUAGCACUUCUAGUAAAGUUGAAAGACGAAGAAAAAUUGAAGGAACAUGGACAAAAAUUAUUUACUGAUGACAUAUUAGCUGCAAAUUCAUUCGUAUUCUUUGUUGCUGGAUUUGAAACUACAGCUUCGACGAUAAGUUACUGCUUGUACGAGUUAGCAAUGAAUCCAGAAGUUCAAGAAAAAUUACGAGACAAUAUCAAGCAAAAAUUUAACGCAAACGAUGGAAAGCUGACAUACGAUACGUUAAAAGACAUGAAGUAUUUAGAUAUGGUGAUAAAUGAGACAUUCAGACUGCAUCCACCAGUUCCCGUUUUAAAUCGAGUGUGUACUCAGAAGUACUCAAUUGCAGACAGUAACAUAACACUAAAUAUUGGAGAGAAAUUAAUAAUACCCACAUAUUCAUUACACCGCGAUCCCAAGUAUUAUUCAGACCCAAAAAUAUUUGAUCCUGAACGAUUUACUGAAGAAAAUAUAAGUUCAAGACCACACGGCACGUUUUUACCGUUUGGCGAUGGACCAAGGAUAUGUAUCGGUAUGCGAUUCGCAAUGAUGGAAGCCAAAACAGGGCUAGCUGAAAUAUUGUUAAAAUUCGAAGUAUCGCCAUGUAAAGAAACACAAACUACGAUCAAAACUAGGCCGAGAUCAAUUUUACUUACACCAAAUGAAUCAAUUCGUUUAUCAUUCGCHAGAUUUGUACGUUUUCGCAUCAUUACGUAUUGCAUCGCUUAUGAAUUUAUGAUGAUCUGCUUCAGUUGUUGGCUAGAGAUCGUGCCGAUCGCCGCUAUUGCAUCGGCGCUACUGGCGUAUGUGUACAGCACGCGAUACUAUGGGCACUGGACGUCACUGGGCGUGCCGCACACCAAACCGRCACCGUUACUGGGUCACUUCGCCGAGCCCACAAUGGGGCGCGAAUCGGGCAUCACCAUCAUUGACACACUCUACAAGCGUUUCGCCGGCCACAGGUUCUUUGGGCUGUAYCAGCUUCGGCACCCAAUGCUGGUGGUGCGCGACCCGGUACUGGUACACACARUGCUGGCCACAGAGUUUGGGUCGUUCCACGACCGGGUAAUGAGCCGGACGUCGUUCAAACACGAUGAGCUGUUCAACAACCUAGUGAACCUAAGGGGCGACAAGUGGAAAGCCGUCCGUGCCAAGUUAAGUCCCACAUUCACCGUGGCUAAGCUUAAAUCCAUGUUUUCCAGUUUGCACGUGUGCACCGGCCAACUCACUGACAAACUGCUACUCCUGACAUCCGGUGGCCAAGGUAUUAUAAAUGUCACUGAUAUAUCAUCAAAAUUUACGAUUGACACAAUUGGAAGGUGCGCUUUUGGAAUAAAUUGCAAUACAUUGUUUGACUCAAACACAGAAUUUCAACGAGCUGGAAAGGCAGUCUUUACACCCACACUGAAAUCGUCUAUAUUAAACUUCAUGAGGUUAAUUGAUAUGGGAUGGCUCGUGGACUUGUUAAGAUUACGUAGUAUGCCCGACCUCGUCUAUAAAUUUUAUUUAAAUUUAUUUCAAGAUACACUGGAGCUGCGUAAAAGUGAGAAGGAUGAUCGUAACGAUUUUAUUUCAAUUUUAAUAAAAUUGAAGAAUGAUGAAAAAAUAAACAACAGUCGAGUUGAAUUAUUUACUGACGAUGUUUUAGCUUCAAAUGCAUUUAUAUUUUUCGCGGCUGGCUUUGAAACCACUGCAUCUACUAUGAGCUAUUGUUUAUACGAGUUAGCUUUAAAUCGAGACAUUCAAGUUGAAUUGCGCAAUCAAAUCAAACAUACACUAAAUGAAAACGAAGGAAUUCUCACUUACGAUGUGUUAAAAGAUAUGAAGUAUUUGGAUAUGGUGUUGAAUGGUUAG